AUGAAUCACCUUGAAUUUGCACUACAUUGCAUUCUGGUAUCAUGGUUUUCUACUAGUACAUUAAGAACCCUAGCAGCAGAUGAUGUCAAAGUUACAGUGAAUGGGGUAGCUUCCAUUGCCUCAACUGAUGAUAAUUUUAUAUGUGCAACGUUGGACUUGUGGCCUUCCUCCAAAUGCAACUAUGACCAAUGUCCUUGGGGGCAGGCUGGAAUUUUCACUUUGGAUUUGAAAAACAACAUUUUGUCAAAUGCUGUUAAGGCAUUUAAUCCUCUAAGAAUCAGGAUUGGAGGUUCAUUGCAAGAUCAGUUGGUGUACCAAGUAGGAAAUGAAAGAUUCAAAAGGUGCCUCCCUUUUCAGCCCAGAAAAGAUGGCUUAUUGGGAUUCAGUGCAGGUUGUCUCACCAUGGAAAGAUGGGAUCAACUAAAUCACUUCUCUAACCAAACAAGAGCUAAAAUCACUUUUGGAUUAAAUGCACUUGUUGGGAGGAAAAGGCCUGCUGAAAAUGGCUCAAUUCUUUGGGUUGGUGCUUGGAAUCCCCAAAAUGCUCUUGCUUUUAUGAAGUACUCUAUCUCAAAAGGAUACCAGAUUGAUUCCUAUGAAUUAGGAAAUGAAUUGUGCUCAAAUGGGGUAGAUGCAAAGGUGGGGGCUGAACGGUAUGGCAAAGACAUGAUUGUGCUAAAGAAACUUGUGCAAAAAUUGUAUCCAGAUCCCAGGACACAGCCAAAGGUGUUGGGUCCAGGUGGUUUCUUUGAUGAGCAAUGGUUUAAAACCUAUCUUCAUGUUUCAGGGCCAAGGGUGGUCGAUGGACUAACCCACCAUAUCUACAAUCUUGGUUCAGGUGAUGAUCCCACCCUUAUUGAGAAGGUUCACGAUCCACAUUUCCUAGACCAAAUAGCACAGGUAUAUGGCUACAUCUCAUCAACUAUCAAGAAAUUUGGGCCUUGGACAGGAGCAUGGGUUGGGGAAGGAGGUGGAGCUUAUAACAGUGGAAGCAAGAUUGUGUCACAUUCCUUUGCUGAUGGGUUUUGGUAUUUGGACCAACUUGGCAUUUCAUCAAGUUUCAACCACAAGGUCUUCUGCAGACAAUCUCUUGUUGGAGGAAACUAUGGUCUUCUCAAUACUACUACCUUCAUUCCAAAUCCAAAUUAUUAUGGUGCACUUCUAUGGCAUCGUCUCAUGGGAAAGAAAGUGCUUGCUACAAAUUGUGUUGGAUCCCCAUUUUUGAGAGCAUAUUCCCAUUGUUCAAAACGAAAGCCUGGCGUUUCUCUGCUUCUCAUGAACCUGUCAAACUCCACUACCUUCCAUGUUGCUCUUUCCAAUGAUGAAAAUCCAGAUGAAAAUUCUCCUGGAGGUGCAACACAGAGCGAAGAAUACCAUUUGACACCAGAAAAUGGCAAUAUCCGAAGUAAUGUGGUACUACUGAAUGGAAGUCCAUUGGUACUUACAGAUUCAUCUGAUAUUCCUCCCAUGAAUCCUAAACUUGUCGACCCUUCUUUGCCCAUUACUGUUGCACCGGAUUCAAUAGUUUUUGUACUUCUAAGAGACUACAAUGCCCCUGCAUGUGUUUAGAAGAUUCAUUUCCUAGUCCUUUUUGUAUAAUUUUAGGCUUUUUUUAAUAGGAUGUAAUUAUCAUUUGACCGAACUUUUCUUAUA